AUGGCGCUGUUUCAACUGCUCUUGUUUUUGUCACUCGCUUCGUUUCAAUCAAGUUUGGCUCAAUUUUUCAUGAAUGAGAAUUUUACUGAAGUGAGAGAGGAAUGUCUUACUGAAAACUCUGUAACAGCAGAUGAAAUUCAUGAUGGUUGGAAAAUGCAUCACAAUGUCUCCGAAAAACUGUUAUGUUUCCAUAAAUGUCUCUUAGAGAAAAAGGGAUUGAUUGAUGAAAAUGGUAUCAUCCAAAAGGAGAAAAUUCCCGAAGUAGUGACACUCAAACACAAUGAAAAACGCGAGGAAAUUUUCACUUGUAUUGGAAAUAUCGAGAAAAUUGAAACUUGUGAAAAUGUUCUCGAAGUAAUGCAUUGUUUUCCCAGAAGAAGAAAAGAUUGAUUUGGCUUGUAAUUAAUUAAUUAUUCAGACAAUAAAUAUGCAAAAA